CAAUAAAAAAGUUACCCAAACAAUGACAUAAUCUCAUGAAAUAAGGCGCAAGAGUUAAAGAUCAAGUCAAGAAGAUGAUUCAAAUAUGAAAGAAAAAAUAAUCAAGACAAUGAAAUCUAUAAUAGUCUUCUAUUAGAAUAAAAAUUUGAAAUUAUUCCUUAGUCAAAUGUAAUUAGUUGUAAUUAGUUCUUUAUUUUUACCAUUCCAAUCUCAAUCGUACAACUGCAGCUAGCAUGCAUGCUUUGAAAUAGUCCCACCAUACACCCAAUUCCAAGCCCUCAGAGCAAGAAAUUAUUCUGUUUAGAAAUCGGAUGCAGAUCUCGAUUAGCUAGCAGUACGAGUCACAGUACCGAACGAAAAGAUGACGUGACACAUUCUGAUUGAUCUUCCUAUAAUAUUUCACAUCCGCACAAAAUAAUUAAUCAUGAAACAAUCCUCUUGAUAUUCUGAGGAGCUUAAUAUCUCUUAAAGAUUAAUGCUAUAUUUAAUCAUAUUUUGACUAAAUUAGUUUUAUACUAAUAAAUAAAAUUUUAUUUUAUAAUAAAUAAUAUUUUUUAAAAAAAAAUUGUGGUGUGCUAAGGUGUCAGUCAUACAUUUAUCCGGCCUUAAAAAAAUAAUAAUUUAAUGCAGGCGGUUGCGUUGUGGCCAAGAAAAAUAAAAAAAAUUUACCCCUAUAAAAGCCACGUCCCAUUUCCCAAAGCCUCAUUCACCUUCCGCUCUCUAUAGCCCCAUCAGACUGUAUUGACUCGGUUCAAUGGCAGCACAAACCUCCGUCGCCGGCGGUCUUCUCGGUCCGCCGGAGAUCCGCCAUCCUCCCUCUCCCUCCUCUUCAGCUGAGAAAAAGGAAGUACUCACCGGCGAUCCAUUUGUUGACCUCAUGGACACCAGCUUCAACUCUUCCGGCGAAAACCGCCCGUUGAUGGGACUUACCGAGAACGCAUCCCCGACUUUUAUUAGCACGGGGAAUCCCCACCUCGACUUCUUCUUCCACGUCGUUCCGGAUAGUCCGAGGGAAACUGUAACCACCCUCCUCUCCGCCGCUUGGGACCGCGAUCCUCUCACCGCCUUGAAGCUCGUCUUCCAACUCCGCGGCGUCCGCGGCACCGGAAAAUCUGACCGCGAGAGCUUCUACUCCUCUGCUCUCUGGCUCCACCUUCACCAUCCUAAAACCCUAGCACUCAAUCUCCCUUCCAUCGCCGAAUUCGGGUAUUUCAAAGACCUGCCGGAGAUCCUCCACCGCCUAAUCGACGGCCCCGACACUCGCAAGCUUGCUAACGGUGCCCGAGCAAACCGACGCAAGCAUAGCCGCCGGAUCAAGAAAACCCGCGGUCUGAACAAGAAGAAGAAACAGGGGACGAAGGAAGAACGCCUCGCCGCAGAACUCGCCCGUGUGAAGCUUGAAAUGGAUUCAGCGGCCUCCCUGAGAAGAAAGAAGAGGAAUCAGAUGGCAUGUCGCGCCGUCGAUCGGUAUAAUCGAGAUCCCCACUACCGAUUCCUCCACGACCGUGUUUCCGAACACUUCGCAACCAUGCUUGCCGCCGAUAUUUCCCAUCUCACCGCCGGCAACCUCGGCAAGCUAUCCCUUGCGGCGAAAUGGUGCCCUUCCCUCGACACCUGCUUCGAUCGCUCCACUCUCUUAUGCGAAAGCAUCGCUCGCCGCCUCUUCCCCCGUGAAUCCGAUCCCGAUCUCGCCGCCCUUGAGGACGCCCACUACGCCUACCGCAUACGCGACCGCCUCCGCCGGGCUCUCGUACCCCUCCGCCGCGCCCUCCAGAUUCCCGAAGUUUACAUGAGCGCCGGACAAUGGGACUCCCUUCCCUACUCCCGCGUCCCCUCCGUCGCCAUGAAGAACUACAAAGACAUAUUCGAGCAACACGACGAAACCCGAUUCAACGAAUACUUGGAUCAAGUGAAAGAGGGCAAGGCCAAAAUAGCCGCCGGCGCGCUCCUCCCGCACGAAAUUCUGGCUCCGGCUGCGGCCGGCGAGGACGACGAGGUUGCAGAGCUUCAGUGGCGGCGGAUGGUGGCAGACAUGGCAGCGAAUGGCCGCCUGCAAAACUGCAUCGCCGUUUGCGAUGUCUCAGGAAGCAUGUGCGGAAUACCCAUGGAAGUCUGCGUUGCCCUCGGUCUACUCGUUUCUGAGCUCAGCGACGAGCCGUGGAAAGGCAGGGUGAUCACAUUCUCCGAAAAUCCGCAGCUUCAUAAGAUUGAGGGAACGACCAUCAAAGAAAAAACGAAUUUUGUAAGACAAAUGGAAUGGGGGAUGAAUACUGACUUGCAGAAAGUGUUUGAUAGAUUGCUUGAGGUGGCGGUUGAAGGGAAGCUGCUGCCUGAAAAGAUGAUCAAAAGGAUUUUUAUUUUCAGCGAUAUGGAGUUCGACAUGGCGGGUGGAGGAUGUUGGGAGACAGAUUACGAGGUGAUUUGUAGGAAGUUUAAGGAGAAUGGAUAUGAAUCAGCGGUGCCAGAGAUUGUGUUUUGGAAUCUGAGGAGCUCACAGGCGACGCCGGUGCCGGCGACGAAGCCGGGAGUGGCGCUGGUCAGCGGAUUCUCGAAGAAUUUGAUGAAGCUUUUUCUAGAAGGGGCGGGGGUGAUCAAUCCAGUGGAUGUCAUGGAAUCAGCCAUUGCCGGCGACGAGUAUAAGGGCCUCAAGGUUUUUGAUUGAAGGGAAGCAGCCCUUUGUAAAUUCCAAUCGAAGUGUCGAAGUGGAGAGUGGGUGUUUUGUUUGGAAUUACAAAUAAAUCUCAUUUAUGUAA